AUGCCUUCCACACCAGAGAAUUCAGCCUUCAAACGACUCUACGAGCGACUCGCCGACGAUCUCCCCGCUUACGAUUUCGACGGCGACAUCAGUCCGGUACAUUCCAGCUAUGACAACUGGCACUUCUAUGGGCGCAAGAGGCCGAGCCGACGGAAAGGCGACACGCGGAAGGUGACGCCGUCGUCGGCCGCCACCUCGCGCCCGGCCAGUGUGCGCACCCAAUCCGAUGUCACCGACGAGGAGAAGGAGCCGGAGGUGUGGGUGGUCGCGCGAUUGAGCGUGCAGCAGCUGCGCCUGGAGCGGGAGUACAAGGUCUGCCAGACCCUCUUCACAUCCGCAACCCCGGAGCAGAAGUUCUUUGUCAGGCCGCUGGACUUUGUGCGCAUGCCGGUCCGUCGACAAGGAGACCUCCCCCUGUCCGCCUUUGUCUUCGAAGCGCCCGGGCGCAACUAUCUCAAAGAGGUGGUCGAAUUCGGCCCCAAUGUGUACACGACGCGAGACGACGACCCUCCACGGCCGAAGCAGAACAAGAUCGAGCUCCUGGAAUUUCUCAACUUCGCACGAGCCAGUGCAGAGAUCCUGGAAUGCCUCCACCACGAACACGACCUGGUCCACGGAGAGAUCCGAGCCGAUGCCUUUCACUUUAACAAAGAGACGAACGUGGUGCGCAUGAUAAAUUUCGGCUCCGGCGUCAGGAGUUUCGAACAUGGGCUCAGCUCGGCGAAUUGGGCGAGGGUCUCGGCGGAGAGGGGAGUCGAACAGCGGCUACAGUUCAUCGCGCCAGAGCAGACGGGACGACUGCCGGCGGAGCCCGAUGCGCGGACAGACAUAUAUUCCCUCGGUAUCUUGUUCUGGACCAUCUUGACCGCACAGCCCGCCUUCGAGGGCAAAUCUCCCCUGGAUAUCAUGCAGAGCAAAUUGUCCCGUCGCCUACCUCCGGUCUCCAGCCUGCGGCCAGACGUCCCCGAUGCGCUGUCACGAGUGAUCCAGAAGAUGACCCAACGGAACAUGGACGACCGGUACAACUCCAUCGCGGCGGUCAAGUCGGACGUGACCGCGUUGAAGCGCAUCCUCGAGGGAGGGGAUCAAGCCGGACUUGACACCUUCGUCGUUGCCUCGAGUGAUGCCUCGUGUUUCUUCAAUCUCCCAUCACAUCUUGUCGGCAGACAGGAGCAAUUGGCUACCAUCGUCGGCAUCAUCGACAAAGCGGCGAGGCGAUCUGCUCGCGCCGCACCCGUCAGCAGGAAGGGCCUGUACAGCCUCAGUUCGGGAUCAUCGAUCCUGUCCGGCGAGCGCCCGGACCUCUCGCUCCUGGAAGAGAUGAUGAGCGAUAGUACGUCAUCCACAGAUCGCGAGAACCGGGCCCGGCUGAAUAGCAUCCCCGAGAUGAUCGCACCGAUCGAUCUCCCAAAGCCCAACAAGGCCGGGUCCGACAAGUCCGGGCGGUCGGGACGGAAGGGUAGCAUCGCCUCGUCCGCCACGUCUGCGAUCGACGAGGGCGAUGCCAAGGCCAUCGAAGGUUAUUCCACCACUGGUUCUGUCAAUCACACCGAAAGCGGACAGAGGUCAAACCUCACCAGUCAGAUCAGCACGGAGAACAACUCAUAUCUCCGGACGGCACAAAAGCUCAAGCGGAAGGGCAAGACGGAAUUGAUCGUGCUGUGCGGCUCUGCUGGUUGCGGCAAGUCCACUCUGGUUCAACACAUCCAAGGCACCGCACGGAAAUACGGGUAUUUCACUUCUGCCAAAUUCGACCAGGUCAAGAAUGCCCCGUUUGAUCCGAUGUUGAAAAUCAUGGCCGCCCUCUUCCGGCAGAUCUUCUCCGAGAACGACGUCAACACCCAAUUCCACGACAACCUGCGAGUCAUGAUCCGACCGGUAUGGAAUGUGCUCUCUGCCUAUCUGGAACUUCCGCUCUGGUUGCUGUCGCCCGUCACGAACGGGAGCACCCUGUCAGAGACUUCCGGUUCCCGCCAGGCGACUCCGACGCUUGUCAAUCAAGAGCGCCGGACGUGCAAUCUCAAUGCGUCGCAAGAAUGGCUGCGGACGGGCGGCGGCAACAAGACCUCGCGGUUCCUACACAUCUACCUCGACGUCCUGCGCUUGCUCGCAUUGCAAAAGUUCGUCUGCUUGUGUGUGGACGACUUGCAAUUCGCAGAUGCCGAGAGCUUGGAAUUGAUCGAACUCAUCGUUCGAGCGCACAUCCCCAUCGCGUUGAUCCUCACCCAUCGCGGCGAUGAGACGUUGGCUCCCCAUGUGAGAAAGCUCCUGGAACGGGCGACCACCAUCGAAGUCAAGCCGUUCUCCGAAGAGGACACCGCGCAAUACGUUUCGGAUACCUUGCACCGGGAAAAGGACUAUUGCCUCCCGCUCGUCGCCGUCAUCCAGGAACGAAGUCAAGGCAACCCGUUCUUCGUGCGGGAGAUGCUGGACUCCGCGUACAAGACAGGAUGUAUCUUCUAUUGCUGGAAAUGCCGAUCUUUCGAAUUCUCGAUCGAUAAGCUCUUCAAAACCUUCUCCAGUCCUGGGGACGGGCAGUAUUCGUCGCACGACUUCAUCAUCCGGCGGAUGGAGAAAUUACCCGUGGACGCGCAGACUGUGCUUUCAUGGGCAGCGAUCAUGGGCAACACCUUCAGCUUCCGCACAAUCAAACGCGUGAUGAGCUGCAAGUGUUCGGAAUUGGUCCCCCAACCGCUGGUCCCGCCCGUGUCGAAGGACGCCGUGACCGGCCUCUCCGUCGCGCUCGCUUCCUACAUCGUCAUGCCCACCGAGGAGGAAGAAAUCUUCCGCUUCUCCCACGACCGCUAUCUCACCGCGGCCGAUGCGCUCGCCCUGAGUCGUCACCAAAAGGACGAGAUGCAUUACAUGCUCGCCAGCUCCAUGAUGCGCCAUGACCCCUACGAUCCCGUCAAAGACCCCAGUACCGUCCUGUUCGAACAGGCGCGCCACAUCUGCGAGGGCAUCGCCGCGGUCCAGCGCCGCGAAGACACCAAGUUCGCCUUCCGCGAGGUCCUCUAUCAGGCCGCCGAGACGGCGCGAGAGUCCGGCGCCAGAAGCUCCGGCCUGUACUAUUUCCGUCACUGUCUCUUACUGCUCCCCGAGGACCCCUGGGACGACUCCACCGGCAAGGCGACAUACUCCGAGGUGAUCACGAUCAAGACCCGCGCCGCGGAGGCUUACUCGCAUACCGGCCAGGCCGAGGAAGCGGCCGCAUUGCUCGAGGACGUCUUUCGACAUGCUCGUAAUGCGAUCGAUUCAGCCCCGGCGGCGAUCAUCCGCAGUCGGAUGUACGGUCAGCAGGGCGACAGCCGAAAGGCGUUCAUGUCGCUGCGGUUCGCCAUGGCAGCGCUGGGGGUCACAAUGUACGACUGGUCAUGGGAGGAAUGCGAUACCGAGUUCAUGCGCCUCGUCCCUCUCUUGGAGUCCAACCCGCCGAGCGUGACUGCGGAGAAGAAGUUUCCCGCGGAUAAGACCCUCGUGUCCCUGGGGGCUCUACUGACGGAACUCAUGUCGGCUUGCUUCUGGACCGACAUGCGAUUAUGGACCAUCUCAACCCUCACCGUCAUGAACCUCUACCUGGAGCGCGGGUCAUUCCCUCAAGCCGGUCUGGGUUACAUCCACCUGGCUGGGCUCUGCAUCUGGAAAUACAACAUGCUCAACGCUGCUCUGAAGUUUGGCAACAACGCCCUCGAAAUCUUCGAGCAAUACCCCGACGAGCACUAUACCGCCGGGCGCGGUUUGGUGACAUACGUGGUCUACCUCGGUCACAUCCAAAAGGAGUUGAAGUACAGCUUCGAGGCGUUGGAGAAGGGGAUGUCAUCCGCAGCCGCGGCCGGCGACAAGGGCAUGCAUCUUGUGAACAUCGGGAUCGUCUGCGCGUGGAAACUCUGGUCGGCAUCCGAAAACGUCGCGGAGAUCGAGGCGUACAUCGCAUCGGCCACGGAGGAGUUUCCGGAGUGGCAGCAGAAUCUCCGGGGUGGCCCCUUCCUCAUCGGCGCCCGACAGUACCUCCGAGCCAUGGCCGGCAAGACCUACUCCAAGCACGCGGCGGACGUCCUCAGCGACGAAUCCCACUCGAGCGAGAACUAUGUCAAAUUCGUCAACGAGACCGCCUCGAGCCCGGAGAGGCCCCUCAGCAUUUACAACAGCUACAGACUCUCCAUCAUGUAUCGCUUCGGCCAUUACAAAGAGGCCAUGGAGUUUGGCGAGGAGAUCCUGUUUGAGGUGGACCACCUGCUCUGCAUGCGGUACGUCUACUCGACGCUCUUCUUCCUCGCCAUGGCCACGUUGGCGUCCAUCAGGGAACGACCCGACCGGGAAGAUCGGGAUUAUCUCCUCGAGAAAGUGUCCCAUUAUCGCGGGAGGAUCGAAAUGGUCGCCAGUGUGAACUCGGUCAACUAUUUCGUGUGGCUGAAACUGCUGGACGCCGAAACCGCGGACCUCAAAUUCAACUACGGCGAGGUCCAUGCCUCGUAUGAAGCCGCCGUUAACCACGCGAUCGUUCAGGAAUCAGGCAUGGACGAAGCCCUCAGCUUGGAGCUCUACGCCGACUGGUUGGUUCGCCGGGGCGCGACCAGACCCGCUCGGGGCAUCCUGCAAGAGUGUAUCACGGUCUAUCGACGGCUGGGGGCACACGGAAAAGCAGAUCAGGUCUCCGAGAAGUACAGCUUCUUGCUCUUCUACGGGGAGCGCAAUCAGUCCGCCGUCGACGCCGGCACGCAGACCACCGCCGACAUCGCAGUCGGACGUUCCUACACGGAAAGCCUGAGGAACAUCACGAAUCAGCAUGCGACAGACACCCCCGCCGACCGCACCGCGGAGUGGCUGCAGCCGCGGACCAAGUCGGCGGCCGACGCGCAGUCGAAAGACAUCCCGACCGCGCUGUCCUCCGCGGCGGGCUUGGAUGUCAUCGACUUGGCGGGUAUCCUGGAAUCGUCACAACUCCUUUCGUCGGAGCUCAAUGUGGAGAAACUGCUGUCCAAGCUGACUGGCAUCAUCAUCGACUCGACUGGUGCCGACACCGUGGGCUUGGUGGUCGAGGACGACAGCAAUGAGUGGUCCGUCGUCUCUAUCGGCACUGCGGAGGCGAUCCAAACCCCCGAGCAAGGCAUCCCCCUCAACACCUUUGCGGACACCGUCGCACGGCAGAUCAUGCUGUACGUGUUGCGAUUCAAAGAAGAGGUCUUUGUUCGGAAUGUCCUCGAGGACGAACGUUUUUCCAAUGUCCCCGAAGCAUGGCUCGAGCACAGACCCGAAGGGUUAUCCGUCAUCGCAUUGCCGAUCCUCCACGGAGACAACGAUCUUCUCGGGACGCUGUACUGCGAGGCUCCGCCCAACACCUUCACCGAGAGAACUCUUACGCUGCUUAAACUGUUGGUCAAUCAGAUUGCCAUCUCGAUCGCCAAUGCGCUCUUGUUCAAGCGCUCGGAGAAGAUCCAGGCCAGCAACACGUCGAUGCUCGAGGUCCAGAAGCAGGCCCUCGCGCAGGCCCGAGAGUCUGAGAAGAAAGCCAAGGCCGCCGAAGCCAAAGCCAUGGAGAUGGUCCGUCUCAAGGAGGAAGCCGCCCGGGCCAAGUCCAUGUUCCUGGCCAACGUCUCGCAUGAACUGAGGACCCCCCUGAACGGGGUCAUCGGCAUGUCCGAGAUGCUCAAGUCGACCCACCUCAGCAAAGAACAGGAGGAACACGCCGACUCGAUCCGCGUCUGCGCCGACACCCUCCUCAGCGUCAUCAACGACAUCCUGGACUUUUCCAAGCUGGAGGCCGGAAAGAUGCAGGUCUUCUACGUGCCCUUGUCCCUGACCCAGACCAUCAGCGAGGUCGUCCGCGCCCUCUCCUACACCAACAUCGAACGCAACCUCGAAACCGUCCAGGAGCUCGACCUCGCCGACGACCUCGUCGUCAUGGGCGACCCCGUCCGCCUCCACCAGAUCCUGAUGAACCUCAUGUCGAACGCGUACAAGUUCACCAAGCAGGGCACCGUCACCGUCCGCUGCUUCGUCGUCUCCGAGGACGCCGAGAACAUCACCAUCACCGUCGAGGUCGCCGACACCGGCAUCGGCAUCACCGACGAACAGCAGAAGAAGCUCUUCCUCCCCUUCUCCCAGGCCGACUCCAGCACCGCCCGGAGCUACGGCGGCACCGGCCUCGGCCUCUCCAUCUGCAAGGCCAUCCUGGAGAACAUCAUGAACGGGAGCAUCUGGCUGCGCAGCAAGCCGAACGUCGGCACCACCGUCUCCUUCAGCGUCCCGUUCAAGAAGGUCGCGCCCGGCGACGUCCUCGCGUCGAACGGCCCCACCCCGGGGAGUCGGGAGGCGGACCCCAUGGCCAUGUUCAGCCUGCCCCACGCGAACGACGACGUGCACGGCAACAGAGCGAAUGGCAACCUCAAGGGCAUCCGGAGAGACCAGCUGAAGGUCUGCAUCGCCGAGGACAACCCCAUCAAUCAGAAGAUCGCGAUCAAUUUCGUCAAACGCCUCGGGUUCAGAUGUGAAGCGUACGGCGAUGGCCAGCAGGCACUCGACGCUCUCACCCGUGCCAGCGCGGCCGGAGAACCGUUCCAUCUCGUCCUCAUGGACUGUCAGAUGCCUGUCAAGGACGGCUACACCGCGACCCGCGAGAUCCGUGAAUCGCCCGACCCCCGCGUCGCCCAAGUCCUCGUCAUCGCCAUGACGGCCAGCGCCAUCCGCGGCGACCGCGAGAAAUGCCUCGAGGCCGGCAUGAACAACUACCUCGCCAAGCCCGUCCGCGCCGACACCCUGAAGCAGAUGCUCGAAUCCUACCUGCACCAGGAAUCCGCGCCCAUCGCCACCCUGCAGGCCGAGGCGGACGACCUCGUCGACUCCGUCGUCGCCUCCAACGCCACCGAUCAAACGCCACCCUCGACCUCCUCAACUCCAACCCCACCUCGGGCAAAACCACCAGCUUCUUCCUCUUCCUCCUCCUCUUCCUCCUCCUCCCCGCUCCGCCGGCCCAAGCCCCUCCCCCAUCAACAACAGAAUCACACCCUCAGCCCCACCACCCCCACCGCCACCACCGCCACGGAAAUCCACCUCACCCCCGCCGAACUCGCCCGCAAACCCCAGGCCCAGGCGCAGAUGCGUGCCCAGAUGAAAGCCGUCGAGCAACAAAUCCGCGACUCGCAAAAUCUGGACAACCACAACCAGCCCGAGAUCGUCGCCCAGGCGUUGAACGCUACGGCCAGGGGGCCUCCUCUCGUUCUGCUCGAUGGGGACGACGGUGAGGUGGAGGAUGGCGAGGGGAAUCCCGGGAGGAAUGUGAAGGAGGUGGAUCCGACGACCCUGGGGAAAUCCCUUCCUCCGUCCUCCUCAUCCUCCUCGUCAUCGAAAGUCGAUGGUGCCGGUGUCGUGAACGGGACCGCCGACGCGAAUCCGCACCCGACGAACCCCAACGGCAACGGCAACGGCUCACCGCCGCACGAGCGAAAGAAGAAAUCUCCUCGCUGA